GAGAGGGAGGGUGGCUGUCGCUGACUUCGGCUGGGCGCUGUGGGAGCGGCUCCUCCUAGUUUUCUUCUAGGAGCCAUGAUUUCCGAAAGUGGUGCAUUUGUGAAGGGCAUGAUGCUAGGAGGGGUCUUCUGUGUAUUGGUCACUCUUCUUGGACACAUUAAGAUGGACCACAGCACCAAAUCUCACGAGCACCGCCACCUUCAGGCUCCCAGAAAGGAGGACGUUUUAAACCUCUCUGAAGAUGAGCGCCUGGAUCUUAGCCACAGCAUCCGUGUCUAUUGCAUCAUCCUCGUCAAACCUAAGGACCUUAGCUACUGGGCAGCUGUGAGGGAGACCUGGAGCAAACACUGUGACAAGGCAGAGUUUUACAGUUCUGAAAAGAUCAAAGUAUUUGACUCCAUUGUGCUUGACACGCAGGACAUGUGGAUCAUGAUGAGGAAAGCAUAUAAACUCGCCUAUGAAAAUUACAAGGAUGACUACAACUGGUUCUUCCUGGCUCAUCCCACCACCUUUGCCAUAAUAGAAAAUCUCAAAUAUUUCCUGCUGAAGCAAGACUCGUCCCAGCCAUUUUACACAGGCCGAACCGAGACAUCUGGAGACCUGCAGUACGUGAACGGUGAUGGAGGGAUUGUCUUAAGUAUUGAAUCACUAAGGCGACUUUAUAAAAUUUUUGAGGAUCCAGACAAGUGUCCAGAACAGGGGGGGAUGAUUUGGAAACUGUCUGAGGAUAAACAGUUAGCUGUCUGCUUGAAGUACACAGGGGUGCAGGCUGAAAAUGCAGAAGAUUCUGAAAAGAAGGAUAUCUUCAACACGAAGUCAGUUGGUUCUCUUAUUAAAGAGGCAAUGUUAAGUCACCCCCAACAGGUGGUAGAAGGGUGUUGUUCAGAUAUGGCCAUCACGUUCAGUGGGUUGUCUCCUAAUCAUAUGCAUGUGAUGAUGUAUGGAGUCUACAGGCUCCGAGCAUACGGACACAGUUUUAAUGAUGCCUUGGUUUUCCUACCUCCCCCAGGCUCUGAUAAUGACUGAUGACAUUGUUACACUAGAUGUGUAUAAUGCAUAUAGAAUAUGUGGUCAUAAUGUACAGCAUCUUUCAACAAACAGCAUGUACAUAAGCUGGUACAAAUUUUGUAUUUGAUGGUAUUGGUGUAAUGAUUUCUUCUCUGGCACAACCUGCUUUCACAAGUGAGACAGGAGGUCUUUUUUUUAAAAAAAAUCCUUUUUAUACAGACUUAAAGAUCACAUGAGAAACCAUUCAAGGUUUCAUUGUCAAUACAAUGUAUAGUUAUGUAAAUAUUUAAUAAGAAAAUAUCCAUGAUCUACUUUAAAUUAAAUCUAUUUUUACAGAAUUUUGAUGGGUUUUUUAGUAUCUCUAGGUUUUCCGAAAUGGUCAAAUGAGAAUGCAAAUUUGCUAUUAAAGUCUUCAAAUGUU